AAGUUUAGGCCUGGCGUACACAGGCCUUCCGACACAAAAUAUUUAGGGGGUUACUCGGUCCUUCUCAAUGGUGUGGUUUUUCUCAAGAGUUAGGAUAUGGCGCACAGCAUCUGCGAAGAACGAAUUGCACUUGGUACCAUUCCGGAAAGCUCGGGAAGCUUUUUAUUACUAAGAUCGCUGAGAGCUUUGAAAGUCGAAUUGAGAAGACAGUAUUAUAUUGCGAGCAGCUUGUUUAGUAUUUUCAUGAGCAAUAAUUGCGGUUUUCAUUUAGUUUUUUUAAAGGUAUAUCAUGCAAGUCUUUAAAAAGAGGAUUACGUUAUAAGAGAAUUACCGAAAGCCUAAAGGCCUUUUUUUUUCAAUCGAACUCAAAAAAGGAGCAAUUCAAGAACUUGUAAAAUGCCUCUGCAUAUAUUGCACGCCACUCCUCUUUUGGAAUUUGAGUAUCUGAUUGAGUGGGGGCCUUGA